AUGGCCCACUCACAACUUUUCCCUUCUCGGAUGAUGGCAACACCAUUCUUCUGGUUGCUCAUGCCAGAAUCCUUGGAGUUAUUCUCAGCUACUUUUUGUUUCAUCCCCACAACCAACUUGUCAGGAAUACCCUUGGCUCUGCCGUCAAAAUAUAAUGUCAUAUUUUAUCUUGUUUCAGAGCCACCAGAUAUUACAGAAGAAGGAUUUGAAGAUUCUUUGGCAACAGAUGAUUUCCUUGUGGACUACUUUAAUGAAUUCCUAAGCCUUCCAACCUUUUCAGAGGCAAUUAGAUUUAACGUGGAUUUUGGAGUUUUUGAAAUAGUUAACAAUGCUCCACAACUUCUGGAAAAGCAACUGAAAAAAAUUCUACAAAACCAGCAACCUCGAAAUCCCAUCUAUGAUGUUGUAAGGAAAGGAAAGAAUGAUGUUAAACCUGUUCAGAUGAAUGCCCCCUAUGAAGAUGAAACCAUUAAUAUAAACUACAAUAUCAUGGUAAGAAGACAUCUUGAGAAGAUGAAAAAAUGCUAUCUAGUAAGCAAUGGAGAUUGCUACCUUUCUGCAGAAAUAUUAUCAAAACUUAAACUGCUAGACGCAUCUCAGUGGAAUGAAGAACACUUAAGAAAUAUUCAGGCUGAGGUUGUAAAACCCUUACUUCUAUAUUGGGCACCAAGAUUCUGUGUUACUCAUUCAUCCUCAGCAAAACAUGCUAGUGCUGAACUGAAAUUCUGGCACCUCCGUCAAGAGAAACCAAGGAAGGAUGUUGACCCAUUUCCACAAAUGGCAACCCUCUUGCCAUUAAGACCUAAAUCUUGCAUUCCACAGAUACCUGUUAUGCAGAAAGAAGAAUCCAGUUUAUUACAAAGUCCUAAAUCUCCCAAGAAACCACCUCGAGUGAAAACAGCAGUUCAAAAACCUUGGAGGAGCAAGUCUUUGUAUCUAAUUUCUUCGAAGGAUGAUGUGAUUGAGAAAGGGUUGAGGCGCAGGUCAGAAAGCAGCAAAAUUAUUCGCUUAACAUCUUUUACUGACAUUUCUGAAUGUCUGAAACCCCAGCUGGAUAGAAGAUACACCUACACAGAAGAACCUUUGGUUAAAACCAUGGCAGAUAGUGCCUUGGGAGGAUUUGACAUGGAAAAUUUGUUGCAGACUUUGUAUGUAGAAAAUAGAGCUGGAUUCUUCUUUACUAAAUUCUGUGAACAUUCAGGAAACAAGUUGUGGAAGAACAGUGUGUACUUUUGGUUUGACCUACAGGCUUAUCAUCAGCUUUUCUACCAAGAAACACUUCACCCUUUUAAAGUAUGCAAACAAGCCCAAUAUCUUUUUGCCACAUACAUUGCUCCUUCGGCUACUCUUGACAUUGGACUCCAACAGGAAAAGAAAAAAGAAAUCUAUAUGAAAAUACAGCCACCAUUUGAAGACCUUUUUGACACAGCAGAAGAAUAUAUCCUUCUCCUCCUUCUUGAGCCCUGGACAAAGAUGGUAAAAUUAGACCAAGUUGCUUUUGGAAAGGUGGGGCUGAUGGAAGAAACUCGACAGCUAGAUUCCACAUACUUCAGAAAGCUACAGGCUUUGCAUAAAGAGACGUUUUCCAAGAAAACUGAGGACACUAUUGGUGAAAUUGGAACUGGUAUUUCACGGCUUCCUGAGGUCUCUAAAAAAACAGAAUACUGGAAUAAUGUUCCUGAAGAAUAUAAGCACUUUAAUUUUAAUGACCUGCUUAACAACAGACUGGAGUUUGAACAUUUCCGUCAGUUUCUUGAGGCUCAUUCUUCAAGUAUGGACCUUAUGUGCUGGUCAGACAUUGAACAGUUCCGAAGAAUAGUUUAUGGAGACCGAACACAAAGAGAAGCAAAAUCUAUAUAUAUUAAAAACAAAUACCUUAAUAAAAAAUAUUUCUUCGGCCCCCAAAGUCCAGCUUCUCUAUAUCAGCAGGACCAGAUAAUGAAUUUAAGUGGUGGCUGGGGAAAGAUGCUCCAUGAGCAGCUUGAUGCACCUGUUCUACUUAAAAUUCAGAAGCAUGUCCUCAAUAAGCUAGAAAACAUGUGGUUGCCAUUGUUUCUUGCAAGUGAACAGUUUGCAGCACGUCAAAAGAUAAAGGUACAGAUGAGAGACAUAGCCGAAGAGCUCUUGUUACAGAAGCAUGAAAGGAAAAUCGGGGUCUGGAAGCCUGUGGAGAGUAAGUGGAUAUCUUCAUCUUGUGAAAUCAUUGCAUUUCGUAAAGCAUUAUUGAAUCCAAUUACUGCAAGACAAUUUCAACGGUUUGUGGCUUUAAAAGGAGAUUUAUUGGAAAAUGGUGUACUCUUUUGGCAAGAAGUACAAAAAUAUAAGGACUUGUGCCAUUCUCAUUGUGAUCAGUCCAUCAUUCACAAGAAGAUCAUGACUAUUAUCAACUGCUUUAUUAAUUCUAGUAUUCCACCAGCUUUACAAAUUGACAUUCCAAUAGAGCAAGCCCAGAAGAUUAUUGAACAUAGGAAGGAGUUAGGACCAUAUGUGUUUAGGGAGGCACAGAUGACAAUUUUUGGGGUUCUAUUUAAAUUUUGGCCUCAAUUUUGUGAGUUUAGGAAGAAUUUAACUGAUGAAAAAAUUAUGAGUAUUUUAGAGAGAAGACAAGAAUAUAAUAAGCAGAAAAAAAAAUUGGCAGUCAUAGAAGAUGAAAAAUUUGCAAAGGAUGGACUCAAACAAUAUGCAAGUUCUUCAGGAUCUGCUAUCAAAACAGUUACUCUAGCCACUGACCCAGUUUUAGGCAUACAAGCAUAUGGUCGACAGCCAACCUGGUGCUACUCCAAGUACAUAGAAGCCUUAGAACAGGAAAGGGUUCUUCUUAAAAUUCAAGAAGAGCUGGAAAGAAAGUUAUUUACAGCUACACCAUCUUUUACAAAUUUUAAGUCUCCUGCUUCAGCCAUGUCUUUGAAAAAGACCACAUCUUCCCACAACAUCCAGAGAAUUCCUUAA